CUCUUGCCGAUCCACUUCCAUCAUCGAUUUCACGUCUUUUUGAGCAGCGUAUUGCCUCUUCCUCCGUCCGGGUAGACUCGGCGGAAAUACGUGUUCGCUAUCAUGGCUGUCGCACCAGCCUCAGCGGCGAACAUUGUGGCAGAGUACCUCAAGUCACCUGACGAUCUCUCCCGCCUAGCUGGUCUUCGCACCAAACUACAUCGAGAGUCCCUGACUCUCGAGGCGAAGCUCAAGACGGGCGCAAAAGAGCAGCUUGAGGCCAUUCGCGAUGGACUGCUGAAGCUGCAAGCAACGAAGCGCGAUGUGCAAGGCGUACGUGAGGCAUUUGCCGAGGUCGAGAGGCUAUGCAAAGGCAGUGACGCUGAAGUUGCGGAAAAGGGAGAAUUGGGAGCCAAGGGAGCCAAGGCUUUCCGAGUCAUCAGCGAAGUAUCGCAGAUACAUCGCAACUUCGUGCAGGCCGACACUGUCCUGAAUCAGCUCGAGAUGAUGCCGCCCAAGAUCGAAGAACUGGCUCACAUGCUUCAACAAGCCCGUGACGACCUCUUCGGUCCAGCAACAAGACUACUCAGCUUGCAUUAUCACAUCUCUGAGCUAGAGACCUUCCGCAACGAGACCCUUCAAACGGCAAGGACUUGCUCAAGCGACGUGAGGCAGCAAUUGAUGGAAUUCUUCUCUCCGCUAGAUGGGCUGGUGAAGGAAUUCGAGGGAUACCUCUUCUUGAUGGGCGAGCGUGCGAUUGACCUCGUCCGUGAAGGCAGAGAAGGCGUCAUCGUUAAGCUCGUCAAGAUCAUCGAGAAGGAGUCAAGGGAGGAUGAGAAGGCUGCAGCCAUACGAUUGGCGAAGAGGGCAAACUUGGAGGGCGCUGCUCGCUUCCGAAGCGUCAUCGCCAAUGCUCGCGUCAUCAAGCUCUACCGUCCAAAACUGCUAGAGGCGAUGGAUAGGUCGACUCAGGAGCUCUUCGCAGAAUGCUGGAACCGGUUCGGGACCGAUGGCAGAUACCUCGACUUCCUCACCCACUUAGAGUGGAUCUACAAAGACCUGGAGCAAGUCAAAGAGCUCAUGGUGCCUCUGUUCCCCCAAGAUUACAACAUAUAUCGCUUCUUUGUCAAGUCGUAUCACAAGCACCUCGGGCAGCUGUUGAGGGACAACAUCUUGGCUACUGACCCCGAGGCCAGCGCUCUGCUGACCCUGUACCAAUUUACGCAAGAAUAUACAACGACAAUGAAGAAGGAGCUCAAAGUUGACGAAGAGUGGCUGAAACCCUCUCUUCUUGGUGGCAAGGAGCAAGCGAUCAUCGACGAUUACCUUUCGUUGAUCACGCGCAAGAUUGACGAAUGGUCCGCAAAUCUCAUGAGCGAUGAAGUACGGGCGUUUGUGGCGAGAGCAGAUGCGCCAGAGAAGGACGCCGAUGGUCUCUACGGCAUAAAUUACGCUUCAACGCUCUUCAUGAUGCUUACGCAGCAAUGCGAUUUGGCAGCUGAUUCUGGCCAGGGGGCGAUUCUCGCCAAGGCCGUCUUCCACUCUGCGCAGACCAUGAUCGCAAGUCAAGCGACAUGGUUGCGGGUAGUCGAAGGCGAGUGCAGCAAGCAAAUUCAGGCAAAGAACCCGGACGAGAUCGCCCCUGGUCUGACAGAGUACGUCAUUGCUCUGUGCAACGAGCUGAUCAAGUCGGCUGAUCUAGCGGAAGCACUGGGCAAGCGAUUCGAAGCGCUAGUCAGCACGAAGUACAAGGCUGGCAUCCGAGAGGAAAUCGACAAUGCGGUCAACGGCUACCUCGACGUGAGCGCAAGAUGCGGCGGCAUUUUGGUGCAAUUCGUCUUCGAAGAUCUGAAGCCAGCGGUCAAGGAGCUCUUCAGCUUCCCAGCUUGGUACGCCGAGGGCACUUGCACGAUCAUCAUCGAAACAAUGAGGGACUAUCUUUCGGAUUAUGCCGAGCUGUUGAACCCCAACUUCUUCGAGGCUCGUCUACUGCCGGACCUCAUUGACCGCUUCUUAGUGUCUUACAUCGGAGCUCUCCGGCGGGCUACUAAGCUGAGGAUGCCAGGAGCGGCUGACAGGAUGAAGAGUGACAUUGAUGAGUUCCGUGUCAUGAUCGGCAUUUGGUUGAAGGAGAACGAAUGGGAAGAAAAGGCAGGCGUACUGGAUCUCAUUUUGGCCCUUUUGACCUCGUCAUCUACGAUGGUGUUCCUCCCAUACUGGUCUUUCGCGAAAGCCUGCGGACCCAACUUCGGCUUCUUGGAAUCUGUGAUGAAGGCUCGCGACGACUUGGACAAGUCGGACGUCUCAGGUAUCAUGGAGUCUGCCAGACGUAAAGUCAAGAACGAGGGCCUCCCAGAUGUGCCCAUGAGGGUUGAGACCAGCCUCGUCGUUGGAGGAGCGGCUGCGCUCUUGUGGGGCCGCGUAGGAGGUGCUGCGAGCGGACUGACCUCGAGUCAGAUGGCGCCUUCCAACAGCUCGUCGGGCACGGGCUGGAGUACGAUUGCGCAGAAUUACCUCGGCUCGGGCUGGAGGGACCGUGUGGUUCAGUGA